AUGAACUCUCCGGGCCGAAAGCGGAGCACUGGCGUGAGGCACGAAUCCGAGCCGAACCCACUGGAUUCCGAGCUUUCUAGCCAAAGCGGAGACUUCGACUCAGGUCCAGCUCUGCUCCGUCAUACUUCUCUGCUCGACGCCCAGAAUGCAAAACCCACGUGGUCUCCGCAGGUCGCCCGAAGUGGCAGCGUCACGAGCUUCAGCAGCACCAGCGACGCGUCGUUCCCCUCAGAACUGACCCUCGCCGACGCGCGACGCUUGUCCCAGGAUGCGCUGAACGACGACGGAAAGCGAGACGAGGCGGCGGGAGGUCGAGCUCGCCUUUCCUCUUCCUCGUGGGAGGUCGCCGACGUACACCCGUCUUCUACUGCCUCUGUUGCCUGCCCCGCUAUGUCUUUUGAAGAUGCCCGUGAACAGGCGCGGCGCGGCCAGCGGCGGGGCGAACCGGACGAAGCGACGCGUCGAGGAAGUGCUGAGAACUCCGCGCUUCCUAUGCGUCCGUCACCGGUCGAGUCUGCAGAAGGGGAAGCACAGGCGUUGUCUGCAGGCGCCCUUGAAGCCGGCCUUUUGGAGAGGAAAGAUGACGGAAACGGUAUGCCCGCAGCGUCGACUCCGCCUCGGCAGGUGACCGCCGUGCACCGUGUCAAAAUGGAUGUCCCUUGGCAGCCACCGGCCGACUCGCCGUCGUCUCAGGCCGGGGGCCGAUUCCCUAGCCCGACAGCCGCCCACGAGGCACACCCGCUGGAAACUUUGAAGUCUUCACGCUCAAGCACGAACGCGUUCGAAUCGCUUCUCCACUCAGACACCGCCUCAACACAGGCCUCGUCUCUCACUUCGUCGUCCGCGUCUGCUGGCGCCUGGCCUGACGCGCUGUCAAAAGAGGGAAGGCCGGACACGGCGCCGAGUUCGAUCACCGCUGGACAGGUGGAGAGCGACCUGAGGCAGCCUUCGUGCGGCGUCGGGCGCGGAAGUGUCGCCUCUGGGUUUCCGCUUCCGUCGCCUUCGUCUCCGUUGCCUGCUUCUUCCCCGUCACCUCCUCGGCCUGGCGUCCGUCCGUCUCCUGUGGAAGAAGCUCAGGGGGCAGGGGCGAGUCCGGUCUCGCGAACUGCCCGAGCCGAAGCCGAGAGACGGCGGCGGCUCCGGAGGCAGCAGGAGACGCGGGCGAUGCUCCUCAACAGUCUCAAAUUCACCACGUCUCUUCGAGCAGACCCUAGCUGUGAGUGGAGUUCGCGACUCAACGAAGAACGCGGCGUAGCCCCCAUGGCGUCUUCGCAGACGCUGCAAGUUUGCGAAGGCUCAGGCGCUGCGUGCGGCGGUGAAUCGCGGCCUCCGAGCUACAACGCAACACGGGGUGGUGGGAGCGCUGCGGCCGCGUUUGCCGCAGACACCCAGGGGUCAGGAGUCUCGCGGGGGAGUGGCGGAGACCAGAGUCGGACAGACGGACGCGACCGGGCUGGCGUGGGGACACUCCAGCGAAGCGCGUCGAGGCUGCCGCCGCAUCCAAAGAGCCCAGUGACAGGGUCACGCCGGCUUCCCUCAGUUCGCUUUCUUUUGCAGGCGCUCUUACGGGCGAAGCGUGCGCCCGCUGCCGGCCCUGGAGGCUCGGGACCCGCUGCAGCGACUGCGGCGGGCGACAGUCGAGCGGUACAGGGCAUGUCGCCCUACCAUGGAUCUGCAUCCUCCUGGCCCACGCCAGGGUCAGCCGGAGGCUCGGACUGCGAAAGUGAGGCGUGGGCGGCACCGACGGGCGGAUGGAGCCGCCUCGGCAUGCCAUGGAGGCACUCGCUGGGCUCGGCGGCGCGUCAGAGCCUCGCGCACCCCGACCGCGACUCCGGCGACACCGCAGGUGAGUCGUCGCGGUUGCUCCUCGAGUUUGACGACGAAGUGGCGACUCCGGCGAGUACGUUGACAGUGAGGAAGCCCACAAACACGCCAUCUUGGCAAGCGGCGCUCUGUUACAGCACAAGGCAGUAUACGUCUCUCGACGUGGCGAAUUUGUGUUUUUACACUAAAAUGACUGCGCUCUUCGAGGCGCACUGGGCGACGAUCCACCCCCUCGAGUGCGUCGUUCGGACGGCGCCUGACGAAAAGUUCCCCCUGCUGUCGUGGCGCAGAGGCCGGAGACGGUGGCAUGCAGAGCGACGACGAACUGAGGAAGGUUCCGCAAACGUCCCAGCAGGGAAAGGCCAGCAAGGAAGGGGGGGACGGGACGGACUCGCGACGGAAAGAGGCAGACGAGGUUUGCAGCCACAGGAGGAAGAUGAAGCGGAUCCAAAAAUGAGCAAAAGCGGACCCGAUUUGGUUCCGUUCGUCUCACUCUCCUACAUGAUUCCCUGUUUCAUGUUGCGUGCCUUUCGGAAGCUGCUGAUCAACAGAACGCUGUUGAAGGAGAUGAUGGCCGAGUUCAAGUCCAGCACUCGCCGCACAGGCGAACUGCGACGCGCGUCCCUCCUUGACGAGAGCAAACCAAACGACACAGGGUUCGGUUCUCGCCCCGUGCAUGCCCGAGCUGGAGCCGCCGACCCUUUGAUCUCGCUGUCGGCGGCGCCGGGGGUGUCUUCACCGCGUAGGCCAGGAGACGACGGCGACUCAGGUACGAAUGUGCACAUGGACGAGGCGGGGGACUCGACCGCGGGAACGCACGCGGCGGUAUCCAUCUCGGUCAGCACUGCCGAGGCCUCGCAAGCGUCCUGGUCAGCAGAGUACGAGGAAGGGAACAAGGCCAGCUUCGGGCAAGCUCAGCUACCUCGGUGCUCCACCCCGUCGGUCUCCCUCCCAACGCCCCCGAGUGGGCGUGGGUCCCCGUGCCCGUCCUCUCCAUAUGGUUCUCCGGUUUUCGUUGCGUCGCCUCUUCCAGCGUCUCCAUCGAACCGUCUUCCAAAUCCCCUGAACUUGCGUCUCCGUGGCGGGCGACUCUUCGCUCCGUCCGCCGACGUUCACUCUCCGUCGGCUCAGGUGCCGUUCAGUUCCCCUGCGGCCGCGCCGGAUUGCGCGUCCUCUCCCCAGACGCACCGGCCGUCCUCCCCCUCUGUUCACUUCACCUCGGCCUCGUCUGCUCAACCACCAGUGAGCUCGACGGCGUCGUCCCCCCACCAAGUCCUCCACCUCUAUCUGUGUUGCGGAGGGAAGGACAUGCUCGCGCUUGACUGGCUGCCGUUCAUCAGUCGCUUUCUCCACUACUCCCUUUCGGUGAAGGUCAAAAAUCUCCACUCGCGCGCUGCAGACGCCGCCGCUGCGGCAGCCGCUGUCGCCGCCGCUUUCAGCGCCCGCGCCGCGACGCUCGACCGCGACGCGGCCCUGGCAGGGGCAGCCGCCGCCGCAGCUGCCGCCGCGACUGCAGCCGACGAGGAGAUCGACCGCAGCAGCAGCGAGAGUGACGCCUUGUCGAGGACGGAGACCGACAGUGAGGGAGCGGCGGAGGCGGCGCAAGCGGCGGAAACUGGCGACUCGCGAAACGAUGCCAUGUGCGGCCUCGAGGCCGCACGUGCCGCCCCAGAGAAGGCUCGCAAUCUACCAGCUGAUGGAGAGCGACCCGCGGUGGCCGGAGCGGGAGCACGCACGAGUCGGAGCGACGAGACGCAGGGCGGCGAACGGGACGACGGCAGGGGGCCGCCCGCGCUGCCUGAAAAACACCGAAGGCACUCGGUUUUCGCCCCUGCGGCUGCCGCCGCUGCAGCCGCCGAGAAACGGUGGAGGUCGCUUCUCGUGGCGGGCGAGGCAACCCCGUGGGGGGACUCUGAGAGGCGCCGCCGGAGCCUCUUGGCGCCGUUCGACGCGCAACAGACGACUGGCGGGAGGUUACCGGGUCGAACCGCAAGCGUGCCUUGUUUGGCGGGUACAGAGAGGAUGCGGACCGGCCAGCGAGAAGACACAAGACCAGUGUACGCACCACACAGACGAAGGGCCAGCCAGUGCACCGCUGAGGAGUUUGCUGGACUCGCGGCUGCAGCAGUGCGAAGUAUCCAGGAAAAGGAGGCGGAAACCAGUGCGCGGGAGAAUGGUUUCGAGAGCCGACUGCUCAGUCACUCUUCGUUCCCAGCCGCGAGGCACCCGGUCGCAAUUCAAGGCGGACAGGCCGGAGAAGGUGUCGCUCCUGUGCGACGCCGCGGUCCGACGCCCUCGUCUUUCCCUUCGUCGUCUCCGCAUCAGGAACCGCCUACGAGCAGAGUGGCCAAUGAAGAUGAAGGAAAGCCAGGGGUUGCUAGGUUCGUUCCCGGCGGACCGCCCCAGGGUCAUCUGAGCCCGCCGCGCCUGGCCUCCAGUGGAGAGAGGAAGGGAGAACAGGCCCCUCGACACGCCGCGAAGGCCCCGGGUCCCGGCGUCGCCGGAUCCUGUCCGGCGCCGCGGGAACCUCCGUCGCCGUCCUCGCUGCCUCGGUCGUCUUCCAGCUCCUCUCGCAAUCGCCAUUUUUUCUGGUCGUGCCCGUCAGCCCCCGCGAGUUCCGCGGCGCCUCCCGUUUCGUCCCGGUCGGGUGGCCACCCAGCGCCCUCCCUCGUUCCCUCUCUGCCGUGGUGGACCAUAAAAGAGGUCGAGGUUCCCAUUCUCAUUUACAUGAACGCAGCCUUUGUCUUAAUCGACUAUCCGGGCUACGGCGGCAGCACAGGAUCACCUACGCCGGCGGGCUGCGUGGCCGCCGCGUUGCGCAGUCUGAAUGUCGCCAUCUUCCACCUCAAGAAGCAGCGCGGGGAAGACGUGAAGAUCCAGAUCUCGGUGCUCGGCUACUCGCUGGGGUGUGCGGUUGCCUUGCGGACCGCACAGGUCAUUUGCCGGCAACUGCUGCGGCGCGACGAGGACGCGCGGCGGCGGGAACGGCGCGCGCGGAGAGCGGGGAAGGAACGCCGCAAAUGCCACAGCGGCGAGACAGACAAGCGCGCGGACGUGGCCGACGCGGAACCCGAAGGAAAGGGAAACCAGGCGCCGACACAUGGUGCAGCCGGAGAGCAGGGAGAAAUCCCCGAGACCGGAGCCAAGUGUGGGAGGGGAUGUGAGAGGUCUGCAUCCAAGCAGAGAGCGGCGCAGUUGGGUAGGCGCCCCGCGCAGGACGAUGCACAAGUGCCAGUGUGCUCGCCACUCUUCGCAGGUCACAGAAGGGAAGCGACAGCUGGACCGAUACAACACGAGCUCCCCGUGGAUCACACGGCUGCACAUCCGGCUACGCUUGCGAGCACCUCCCUUCUUCGGCAGGCGCCGGUGCCGGUCGAAACUCGGUCGUGUCCUUCAACCUCCGCGCCGUCGCCUCCUUCGUCUGCCGGUGUCUCCACUUCCACGGGUUUGCUCUUCGCGGGCCCCACACCCUUGUCCACCGCGGGGGCGGGGGCUUCCUGCUCCCGCGGAACGGCCCUGGCUCAAGAGGUUGAAGGUGCGCGUUGUCCCGUGGGCGGGGCGUCUUUGGGCUUUGUGGGGUUGCCGCGCCAAGGGGACGAGGACGCUCCACCUCAGCCACUUGUUGGGCCUUCGUCGAGGUCUGUCUCCCCGCUCGGGGCCAGCUCGACGCCCUCGGCCAAUCGGUCUCGUCUCGAAGCAGGUCCGAGGGCGGAUGCAGCAGAAAGGGGAGCAAGCGCGGGCGGCGGACGCGUGGAAGCUGCAGGAAGUAAAGGCGAAUCCAGCACGGUGCGGGCGUCGCCGUUGCGUCGCUUACAGGAAUUCCUUCGACACAGGCAGAAGAAAGCGGGCCAAGAGGACGGCAACGACACAGAGAGAGGCGGAAGGCCGCAAACAGCAGCGAAGGAAGGAUACAGAGAAAACGAGGGGGAAAUUGCCAUGACUAGCUCAGACUGCGGAAGGAUGCAUAACGACGGCCUUGGGUCCCCGCGCCCUUCGGUGUCGCCUCUGAUCCGACAGUGUCUCUCCGGUUCCACAGAUGGCGCGCAUGCGUCAGCCUCGGAAAGGCGAGAAGGAACAGAAGAAGACAGCCGUGAGGCGACAGCCGAUUCGUUGGACACGCGGUUGCCUGGAGGCAACGGCGAAAGCCACCGUCGAGAAAGCCUUCAUAUCGCCGCGCCCCGUUCGGAUUGUGAGCAGGACAGUUCGUUGUCGUGUGGUUCAUCUGCUAGAGCGGCGCAUCGCUCGUUGGCCCCUGCAGCCCCCGCCUCCGGCUCCGCACCGUCGUCCGACUGCCUCGAUGUGCUGUCUGAAGGGGGGACAGAGUGGGGACGAAACAGUGGCGGCGAGCUAGCAGCAGAAGGCAGAGACAGCUUCACCCACGCGAGUGAAGCAGCCGUGGAAUGUCGGAGACAUCUUUCUGAAGAUGGAGAGACAGCAAUUCACCACGAAGAGGAUGCGCGUCCGUGCCGUCCAGGAUCCGACGAUAGUUCGGGUGUUUUCGCAGACGCGGCAGAACGCGGAACCGGCGAGGCCACAGCAGGCCUUCUCUCGGAGCUACCGUCGUACCGCGACGACGGGAGCUCGCCCAGCUCGACGUCUCGCCCCCUUUUCAAGCAAUCCCCUUGUGGUCCAAAUCGUAACCCGACGAUCACGCUCCGCACGCUCUUCCCUUCGACCUCGAAUUCGUCUCCGGCCUUGGCCUCGACUUCGACUUCGUCGUCUCUGUCGAGUUGCCUGGCUGAGCGUCACCGCAUGACUCGCGCGCUGAGUGUGCCGGCGGUUCCGGACGGGUCGGAAAUCAUUGCGGCAGUCCGAGCUCAGCUCGUGCAUCCCGCGGGGACGACGGAGAAGUCUUCGGGUCCGGCGCGGGUCUCGGCCGCGCGUUCGCGGUCUCGGUCAACCGGGUUGGCGCACUCGCUUCUCCCUCAUCGCCUUCGCUAUUCGUCAGCAAAUGCUUGGAACUCUCCUAUGUCUGCGUUGUCUCCCUCGCGCGCGUCCUUCGCUUCUGCUGUCUGUGCCGUCUCCGGUGUGUCUGCUGUCUCGUCGGCCUUGAGCGCUGCGCGCGCCGGGGGCCGGCUCACGGCCCGCGCACGCACGCUCACGUCUCUGGACGAGUUGCCAUCGCUCCGGACCGUCGUGAGUCACUAUCUGGAUGGGCGAGCGAGACGCGGAGGCAACGCUGGAGCAGCGGUGCCGCCGGCGAUAGACGAAGAGCGAGGGGAAAACAAAGGGCCAGUGGAUGAACACGAGGAGAGGACGCGACGCGCUCAGGGCGAGAGUACGGAGCACGUGCACGCUUCGUCGUGUGGCGCUUUUGCCUCGCCCCUGGAAGCCACGCCGAUGCGCCGAUACCGCGAAGGCCAACCCGUGGCGCCGGCCUCCCGUGGCGCACCCACACCACCCGAGGCGGUGACCUUGCGCUGUGCACAGGAACGUCCAUCAGCAACACGGGGAGCGGAGAGCCUCGCGGCGGACAGGCACGACGCUGGAGGGAUAACUGCAGAAGAAGCGGAUGAGUCAGAAGGCAGGGAAACGCCGCAUGCUCAGGUGAAGUCGGUGAGCUCCGAGAUGCAGCUGGCGGGGUCGGAGGCGUCGAGUCCCUUGUCAGGGCCUUUCUCUUGGUGCGACCGCGCGAGUCACGACAACGGGUCCAGUGGAAGCGGCGGGCGCAAGUUGGCGUCUGAUCCAUCUUCCCCUGUCUCGUCGUUGGGUCAUAUCGCCCACGACUCUCCGUUUCCUUCCUCCUCGUGGGCGCCGGAAGGGAACGGCGAAGAGUCUGCCGCCUUUGUGUCUUCGGGCUCGUCGUGCUACUCCUCGGAUGACUCGUCGUGCUACUCCUCGGAUGACUCGUCGGACGAAGACGACACAUUCAGCGAGUUUUCGUCCUCGACGCUCGACGAGGCGUACUGUCUGCCUACUGCCUUCGCGGAGUUCCGGUGCUUGGUCCUCGUUGCGCCUUUCACCUCAACAGCAGACUGUGCGGCACACUACCUCAAUUUGCCGUGGGGGAUGCACGGUAUGGUUGAGGCGUUUAUAUCUUACAUUCAAGACGAGUGCACCCGGUGGGACAACGUGGCAUGCAUGCGGAGUUUAUGCCGCAUUUUUGACGCAAACCCAAAGCUUUUCGCUGGCGUCGGCCUGUACAUUUUCCACGGACGGGACGACCGAAUCGUCCCUCUCGCGAUGGGACAGGCCCUCGCCGAGACCGCCCUGAACUGCUCCUCGUGUGUCCACUCUCACAGCGCCGUGCAGGCACGAGCGGAGGGCGGCGCGCGCGACGGGCCGCAGGCCGGCGUGCACGAAGACGGGAGACGAAACAGCCAGGACGAACGGGAAGAUGAGAAGAGAAAACCGAACACAUGCAGAGGCGAGCAGGUGGAUCACGUCCUCUCAGAUCCCAGUGGGGCGAACACCCCACGUGGAACGAGGCCCCGCGAGCGACCGUCGUCUGCGUCGUCCUAUUCGUCGACGUCGAGCACAGACGUCUCGUCUGUCUCGAUGUUUGCAGCCGGGCACAGACCGCCAACUCCCGUGUCCUCCCUCUUGGGCCCAGGGGACACCAGCCGCCGACGCCGCGACGUGCACGUGAUUGAGACGGAGAAGGAUCUCCUAGACGUACUGAAUUUAAGCGACCAGCGCCGAAAGGCGGCGACGAUCGGCGACGGCCAGACGGGAGCGGCGACGCGCGAGACAGAGGAUCGAAGGGGACGCCGACCGUGGCGACCGUCGCGUGGAGAGUAUGGUGAACACCGGGGUGAGACAGCUUCUGAACACGAGGAAGCGGCAGCUCGUGGGGGCUCGCUUGCCUCCGCUGGUGUUUCUCCCCAGUGGAGUGAGGAAGUGAUGGGAAGCUGCGGCGACGGGGUCGGAAGCAGUGAUUCGAAGAGCGAGAAUGUCCAAGAGGAAGAAGGGAAAAGAAGACCCGUGCUUCGCCUUCCGUCCAUUCCGUAUUCUGAAUCGCCGACUGGGAGCUCCAGUUCCCGCGACGGCGAUAAAGGCGCCCACAAGGGGGGCUGUCCGUCUCCGUUUCAGGAAUCCCGCGGCCCGCAGUCGGGUCGCUCAGCCGCUUCUUCGCGCCACUUCACUCCCGCGGGUGUGACGGACACCUCGUCGCCAGCCGUCGGCCGAGAAGGAGAAGGCCGAGAUGACGCGGGCGAAAGAGACGAGGAUGGUGCCAGACAGAGGAGCCGAGAGGAGGACGCCGACGACGCUGUGCCGCAGGAGUUCUCUCCAACCCACGCCAGAACCCACCUGGUGGCUGUCACUUCCCUGUCGCCCACGUUUUAUGGGACGCGAAGACCCAUGGACGCGGCGAGUUCAAGACAAACGAAGGAUGCACAGGAGCCAAGCCCGACACGGCCGCCGGCCGGCGCGCCGCUUCACCGAAGCCCAGUGGAUGUUCUCAGCGAGGACGCUAUUCCAGCUCGACCGGGCGGGGAGGCCAGAGCGAUGCAGGACCGCAGUGAAGCUAGACGACGGGCGUCGAAGAUAGACAGAGACAGGAAACGGGACGAAAAGAAAGGAAACUAUACGCGAAACUCACAGAGAGCCUCGUCUUCGUGGCUACACCCAGAAGGACCAGGACGGCGGAGCUGCGUCGGAGUUGGCGACAGCGGAAGACGGGAAUCAGCACAAACCUUUUGCCCACUUUGUGCUUUGGGACCCCACGCAGAGCUUAUCGACGUCGGGAAUGCAGAUCACCGGACGAUUUGCUCGUCGCCGGCCCACCAGAAGAAAAUUUUCGCCGCGCUGUACGACGAUGACGUCGUCCAUGUGAUCUGCUAG